AUGAGCGGUGUCCCAUACAAUCAAGAUCUGCCCCCGCAGGGAGGCUAUCAGCCCAUCAGAUACAAGCGAAAUCUCCCUGCCCGCGGUCCCGGAGGACUCGCCAUCUUCGGUGGUGUCCUCGCUAUCUGCACAUACGGCUUCUACAAGGUUGCGACGGGCAACAUCGAGAAGAGGGAACUCGCUCGCGAACAUGCCUGGUCGCGCAUUCAUCUCGUCCCCCUCCUCCAAGCAGAGGCAGACCGAGACUCGUACCGCCGUGAGCAGGCCAAUCUGGCCAGGGAAAAGGAGAUUAUGAAGGACGUGCCUGGUUGGGAGGCCGGUAAGAGCGUGUACCAUUCUCAGCGAUACCAGCCGAGGAACUUUGUGGUCAUGUGAGCGG